CUAUACUUAUACGAUCUCUCAAAAAAAAUAUUUGGCAACACUGCUCUCUCUACAAACGAUGUAGACCUGUAGUUAACAUCUGAGACGCUAGAUGACGCCAUCGUUGCUGCGGUCGUUGCGUUUCCAAUCUUUAUGUCCCUUAUCUCUGAUAGCAGUGUCAUCGCCGUUUUCAAAUUUGUCAAAAAUAUGAACGGUUUACUGUUAAAUUUUGUAAAUACUUCGAAGCUAUAUAAGAUAGUAAAUGGAGUUGAUAAAGCAAUUAAUAAUUAUAUACUGAAAAAUUCGCCAAUAGUCCGUCAUAUAUCUACAACGCCGUUUCCAGCAAAUGUACCAAAUGCAGGAUUAGCAUCUCGUUUACUAGAUGGACACAAAACAAACCAAUACGUAGCUGAGCGAUCUGAAGGACAAAAGGUACCCUUGGCGGAAAACGUAUUUGAAGUAUACGGUCUCAACGAGUGCCCUUCACUGACGUCGGAAUUGACAAAAGAAGAAGCUCUUCAAUAUCUCAGGGCAAUGAAACGAAUCAGAAGAAUGGAACAGCUGGCUCAGGCUCUGUAUUUAGAUAGGAAGAUCAGAGGAUUUUGCCAUCUUUAUAUUGGCGAAGAAGCUUGUGCGGUAGGUUUAAAGCCUUCAAUGGGCCCUAAAGAUACCCUAAUCACUUCAUACAGAUGUCAUGGUUGGGCGUUACUGAUGGGACAAACUGUGGAAAUGAUUUUAGGAGAAUUGUUAGGCAGAAUCAAUGGGUCCGCUAGAGGAAAAGGUGGCUCUAUGCACAUGUACGGCACCAAUUUCUUCGGUGGUAACGGCAUAGUUGGAGGGCACGUCCCUCUAGGUACGGGAGUUGCUUUGGCACACAAGUAUAGAAACAACGGCGCAAUUUCCUGGACUUCAUUCGGCGAUGGUGCAGCGGAUCAAGGCCAAACGUUUGAGUCGUACAAUAUGGCGAAAUUGUGGAAUCUUCCAAUAGUGUAUACAAUAGAAAAUAAUCAGUACAGCAUGGGCACAGCGACAAAACGUCAUUCAGCUAAUACAAGAUACUUUACAAGAGGAGAUCUGAUACCUGGAAUAAAGGUGGAUGGUAUGGACCUUCUUGCUGUAAGACAAGCAGGAAAGUUUGCUGCUGCGUAUGUAAGAGCUGGGAAGGGGCCAAUUAUACUGCAGCUAGAUACAUACAGAUUUAGGGGCCAUUCUAUGUCAGAUCCAGGCACCAGCUACAGAAGCAAAAGUGAAGUUGAUAAAAUAAUGAAAAGCAAAGACUGCAUAAAGAAUUUUGCAGAAAAAGUCAUAGCCCAGCAACUGAUUUCGGAUGAGGAUCUAAAAGCUAUUCAGAAGGAAGUCAAAAAGGAAAUGAAAGAAGUGCAGGACAAAUGCUUGAAAGUAAAAGAACCUAGUAUUGAAGAAACUCAUCACGAUGUUUAUCAAGAAUACAAGGCUAAGGUCAGGAUGCCCCCAAUGGAAGGGUUGAGAGAGCAUAAAAAUGUCAGUCAUUUAGUAAAAAAAAAUAAGCAAUGCGUGAAGCAGUAAUGUAGUAUGUACUUUAAUUGCUAAUUAGAUCAUUGUUUUUUAAUAAAAUUCUCUAUUGUUACAUCUAAA